AUCAAGCGAAGGACCGUGAUCGGUAGUGUUGGUGGAAAGAAACGUGUUUAUUUUUUCGUAAAUCGAUGUUAAAUUAUAAUUUGCCAAAAUUAUAAAUUUGAUGCUAUAGAACACUCUGUGAAUACAUUUACGACGGCCUAGUUGCCCAGGACAUUUUUUCUUGACAAGUUCUAUCAGUGAGCGCGCUGAGCGCGACAAGCGGCGUCAGCCUGGGUCCGUUAGUGCCGGAGUCAGUCCCUGGCGCGGACGAGAUGGUGCAGGAGGGCGAGGGCGCGGCCGACGGCCUCAUCGCGCCCCGGCGGCUGCCCAACCCGUGCCUCGAGAGCCCUCAGCGCAUGGACCUGCACAGGGAACUACUCUUUAACCAGAGGAUAGGAAAAAAUGUUCUGAAUCAAAAGACCGAGCUGCAAAAGGCGCUCUCGAAGCACAAAGAGAAGCAGAUCUUGAAUCAAGUCCGAGAACACAGAGAAACCCCAGAACUAGAGCGCGCCAUAGCGGAGCGCGCGAGGCGGCUCGAGCAAGCGGAGCAGAGCGGAGAGGAAGCGGAGCCGGGUACCAGUCCCGCGCUGCAGCAGAUUCGGGCGCGUCUCCGCCACGCCGCGCCCGCGCCCGCCGCCUCCGCGCACUAGGUAACCGGGACUUGGUAACCGGGACACG